AUGACGUCAUUCUUACACGUGCUGUUGCUAUAUCUACUCUGCGUAUGCGGUGUUGAAGCUGUAGAUACGGUAACGGGGUGUCCAAACCCUGGCGGCCCAAACCAGCACACCGUGCUGGAGAAUCUACCUACAGGAACGGAGGUGAUCAUCUUUAAGAAUAUAACAAAUAUAACACUUUCCAGGACAGAAUCAUACCUUAAGGUGCGUUCGAAGGGACUUGGAGAGUUUGCUGUCACAGUGCAGACACCUUACGACUUCGAAACACUACAGGGCUCGUUAAACAUUAUAGUGGGUAAUCAGAUAGAAACUCCACCAGUUUUCGGAGGGAGUAAUAUCACAUACUUUAAUAUACCGGAGAAUUCUCCACAAGGCACUAAAGUUGGCACACUCCAUGUUACCGCCACAGAAAUUGAACCAUCUACGUUUGUUCUUUUCACUCUUACUAAGAAUAACACACCCUUCAGCGUUGACUGGCCUCCGAACGGUGUAGUGGAAAGGUACCGUACCGCUGUGAUAUCAAUACACAAACCAGACCUAUUGGACUACGAGACUACUACCCAGUACACAUUGACAGUCACUGCAAGGAUCGAUGGCACGAACAUAUCGUCUUCUGCUACAGUCAUUGUCAAUGUCAUGGAUGUAGACGAUCUUCCUCCAAAGUUUCAAAACCCUAAUGGAUAUGUACUAACCAAACCUGAAGCGAUGUACAACCAGGAGGAAAUUAUCCAGAUGGUGGCUGUGGACGGAGAUAAGUCACAGAAAAGUACCAUUAACUAUUCCUUGAUCAGAGUAUUCCCGGAAACAUCGCUAUUUCAUGUAAACAAUGGAACAGGAAAAGUGAUUGUUAAUGGAAAAUUAGACAGAGAGACAUGUAAAAAUUACUUGAUCCUAGUCAAGGCGUACCAGGUAGACCAACCAGAUUUGCGGAUAGAUGUGACCACACUGAACUUGACGGUAUCGGAUGUGGACGACAACCCACCUGUGAUAACAUCGACUAUGUUUAAAGCCAGUAUCCCGGAAAAUACUCCCAAGGGUGUCACUGUCCUCGCUGUGACUGCAACAGACGCGGAUGAGGGAGAAAAUGCUAAAUUCCAGUACAAGAUUGAAAAUCAUGUUAAUCCCGGGGGGUUCGAAAUUGACAACCGAACUGGAAUUUUGACUGUUAAAAACAGCACCGUUCUAGAUCGAGAGACCUGCGCAAAGUGGACGUUGAAGGUAUUUGCAGUGUCCAUCCGGAACAGCAGUAUAAAAAGUAACGCGGUGGACGUGACCAUCACCUUACUGGACGAAAAUGACAACAGCCCGAAGUUUUCCCAUCCUAACUACACGUUUACCGUCAACAAGACCCUGUCAAUACCAGGACAAGUCGGCACGGUCCUGGCUACUGACAAAGAUGAGUCAAACAAUGGUGUUGUUAGGUAUCAUUUAGAAGGAAAGGAAUCCCAUCGUUUUGCCAUUAGAGAUCAAAAUGGGUCUGGCUUGAUUGAGGCUGUAGCAGCAUUAAAUUCUACCUUCGAACCCGAAUACAGGUUCACGGUAGUAGCGAGUGACAUGGCAGCUUCACCUUACAGAAGACAAUCGUCAGUUCAAGUGAACGUACGCGUACUAGAUGUUAACGUAAACGCACCUGUUUUUGUGAAUAUGACACCAAAUGUAUCCAUCAAAGAAGAUAUUGAUAUAAACAGUGAUGUCCUCUGGGUUCAGGCUUAUGACGAGGACCCAAGUGAUCAUCUUACGUUCAUGCUUUCCAAUGUGUUGGAUUUUACACUCCACAAAAUUGACUCCAGAAGGUCAAAAAUUGUCAUAAAUAAGGCUUUGGACAGGGAGACUACACCCAACGGAUACAACAUUACAGUGAAAGUCACUGAUUCCGUGCAUACAUCAACGGCGACUCUAUCUGUCAAUGUAGAGGAUAUAAACGACAAUGCCCCCCAGUUCCAGUCUUCAACAUAUAACUUUACUACUCCCGAAGAAGAGCCACCGAGAGUGAUUGGUCAUGUUAAAGCCACUGACAUAGAUAUACAAAAGAAUGGAAUGGUGCACUACACACUCGUGUCUCCAUGGAAUGCAAACUUCAGUGUAAAUAAAACAGGAGAUAUCAUUGUCACCUCGAGACUGGACAGGGAAUCACUAACAUCAACUUCCGGCAAAAUUACUCUCCUGGUAAUGGCAGAAGAUAGCGGUACACCACCUCUCAUGACAACAGCCACAGUUAUUGUACAAGUGGAAGAUGUUAACGACCACGCCCCUCUUUUCAUCGAAAAGGAGGAAAACAUUACUAUUGACGAAGGAAGUUUCUUAAACACUGAUCUACAGGCAUAUGACGAAGAUGAAGGGAAGAAUGGUCACAUCAGUUACAGAAUCGGAAGUUCAAACAUCUCACUGGAGAUAACAAAUGGAACACUGCGGUCCAAUGCUAGUCUUACAUAUGGGUUUUAUAAGGCGGAGAUUAUUGCUUAUAACGAUGUGCCCUAUAAACCACCAGCAGUAGCAAACGGUACCUUGACGGUGAACAUACAUGUUGAGGACAUCAAUAAUCAUCAACCAAAGUUUAACCAACCAAAUUACAAUUUUUCACUUUUGGAAGAUUUCGCAGUUGGACAUGUACUGAGCCAGAGACUAAGUGCUGUAGACAAAGACGAGACUUCUGCGUACAACACUGUCACUUACUCAAUAGAAGAUGAGAAUAGCUAUUUCGAAGUUGACCCAAAUAAUGGCACACUGAGACUCAUCAAACCUCUGGACUAUGAGGAUAAAACGCAAAUCACUUUCCAAGUACAAGCAACAGACGGAUACGAGAAACAUGUAACUAAAGUAAAUGUCACUGUGACAGUACUGGAUGUCAACGAUAACGCCCCAGUGUUCUCGAAAGAUAUCUAUAAAUGUAGCGUGGCUGAAAAUAGCACUGGCGGUCUGCAUUGCCCCUCCCCGAUAAAGGCAAAAGACAAUGAUACUGUGGGAAACAAUGGUCGUCUUCUUUAUGGCAUUGAUGACCCCUUGAAGAGUAAGUUUGAAAUCAACGAAACAACAGGGGUUAUUCAUCCUCGGACACCACUGGAUGCUGAUACCGGUCCAAGUGUCUACAUCGUCACGAUAAUAGUCAAGGAUAAUGGAAGCCCACAUAAUUCUGGUUCUGCCUUGGUCGAAGUUUCUGUUAAAGACAAGAACGACAAUUUCCCUGUAAUACUAGGUCCAAGUCAUAUCAGCAUUCCUGAAAAUAUACCCGUCAAUACAUCUGUUGGGACAAUAGUUGCCACGGAUCUAGAUAUAAACGACACAUUGACAUUUUCAUUGAAUGAAGCAAGAUCGCCAACAACAAUGGCUACAGCAGCACCUCUAAGUGCGCAGAUACAAGGAUUAGAUAAUGAUACAUUCAUCCUUGGAAGAUCCGAUGGCACAAACCCAGCAAGUGUCGAGAUACUAGUGAACAAGGUAUUGGACAGAGAGACUAAUCCAAAUGGCUAUCAUCUAAUACUGAGAGUCACAGAUUCUAAUCAUACGUCUACCGCUAGUGUUUCCAUAACCAUUGAAGACGUUAAUGACAAUGCACCCGAAUUCAACCCUCAUUUUUUAAAUUUCACCAUCGAUGAAGGAGAUACGCCGAAAGUGAUUGGUAAUGUUACAGCCACUGACAAAGAUCUAGACGAAAAUGCUAAACUGCAUUAUACAGUACUACCAUCGUGGAAUAGUACCUUUGAAAUAGACCAAACAGGACAGAUACACACCAUAUCGGCAUUGGACAGAGAAAACCUAACCUCAACGUCCGGUCAAAUUGCAUUACUGGUAAUGGCACAAGAUUUAGGAACACCAUCUCUGAUGUCUGUAGCCACGGUUUGUAUAAAGGUGAAGGACGUUAACGACCACGCGCCCCACUUCAAUAACACAUCAAUGAACAUAACCAUCGUCGAAGGAGGAAACCUGUCAGUUCCGAUAGAGGCAUAUGAUGAAGAUGAAGGUGAGAACAGAAACGUUAAGUACAUUGUACAAGCUAACGCCACUUCACUUGAGAUAAUACACGGAACACUGAAAUCUACGGCCCCGCUGACAUACGGGGUGUAUGAGGCGAAAAUCAUUGCCUACAACACUGUUCCAUAUAUACCACCAGAUCUGCAAAACGGCACAUUGACGGUCUUUAUAUACGUCAAGGAUAUCAAUGAUCAAAGCCCAAUCUUUAACCAGACAUCCUACGAAUUUUCAUUAGCAGAAGAUUUCCAGCUCGGACAUUUAGUGAAUAACAGCCACAUAUAUGCACAAGAUCUAGAUAAGUCUCAGGAGUAUAACACCGUCACCUACUCUAUGGCGGGUCGAAAUGACUACUUUGAAAUUGAUCCAGAAAGUGCUGCACUACGACUUAUAAAACCACUUGACUAUGAGAAGGAAAAGCGUGUAAAUUUUCAGGUGAUAGCGAGUGAUGGAGACAUUGCACACCAAGUCAGCGUCAACGUUAGUGUUAAAGUCCUAGAUGUCAACGACCACGCCCCUGUGUUUUCGUCAGCCAUCUAUAACUGCACAGUCUUCGAGAAUGCCACAACAUCAAUCACAUGCAAUUUAGAUGUUAAUGCCACCGACGAGGACGAUGGGGAAAAUGGAAUAAUAUCGUAUUCAAUACAGGGUCCCAUGAAGUCUGUUUUCAAAAUUGAAAAUUCAACCGGCGUUAUUAGCCCCAGGUCGCUUCUGGAUUAUGAUACAGGUGUACGAACUUACAUAGUGAAGAUAUUGGCUACAGAUAAUGGCAGUCCCAGAAAGAACGGAUCUGCCGUGGUAGAAGUUUCUAUAAAUGACAAGAACGACAACCCGCCUGUUAUUCAUGGCCCAAGUCACUUCAGCAUUCCGGAGAAUCUAUCCGCCAACACGUUGAUUGGGAACGUAUUCGCCACUGACGUUGAUAUUAGCAGUGUUUUAGUGUUUUCAUUGUCAAAUAAUACAAAUUUCCAUAUUCAAAACGACACCGGGGCACUAUUCACAAAAAGGAAGUUUGAUUACGAAAAGAAAAUCGAUCGGAUGAUGGAGGUGAUUGUUACUGUUUCUGAUGGUUUACAAAGUGAUGAAUUAACCAUUUCUGUAGCUAUAACGAAUGUCAACGACGAGAUUCCUGUCUUCGAUCGUUCUUCCUUAAAUCCGACAAUAUCACAGGACAUGGAUAGCCCUUCGUUUUAUAUUCAGGCGACGGAUGCUGAUAUUGACUCUACGCUGUCUUACAACAUCUCCUCAAAUUUCCCACAUAUUAACAUAACAAGAUCAAGUGGCUUAGUAACGAUCGGAGGGUCAAUCAGUUCAUUGGACAAGGAUAUCGCUUUCAAUGUCAGUGUGUCGGAUGGAAAACAUAUAGUCAGUGCCACUGCCACUGUACAAGUUAUUUUUGUUAAUGACAAUGUCCCAAGGUUCGAAAAUUCCACUUAUACGUUUGAUGUCGAUGAAGAAGAGGAAGAUAUCAUAGUAGGCCAAGUGAAGGCAUAUGAUGAAGAUGAAGGUGAGAACAGAAAUGUCCAGUACAUUGUACAAACUAACGCCACCUCACUUGAGAUAAUACACGGAACACUGAUAUCUACGGCCCCGUUGACAUACGGGGUGUAUGAGGCGAAAAUCAUUGCCUUCAACACUGUUCCAUAUAUACCACCAGAACUGGAAAACGGCACAAUGACGGUCUUUAUAUACGUCAAGGAUAUCAAUGAUCAAAGCCCAAUGUUUAACCAGACAUCCUACGAAUUUUCAUUAGCAGAAGAUUUCCAGGUCGGACAUUUAGUGAAUAAAAGCCACAUAUAUGCACAAGAUCUAGAUAAGUCUCAGGAGUAUAACACCGUCACCUACUCUAUGGCGGGUCGAAAUGACUACUUUGAAAUUGAUCCAGAAAGUGCUGCACUACGACUUAUAAAACCACUUGACUAUGAGAAGGAAAAGCGUGUAAAUUUUCAGGUGAUAGCGAGUGAUGGAGACAUUGCACACCAAGUCAGCGUCAACGUUAGUGUUAAAGUCCUAGAUGUCAACGACCACGCCCCUGUGUUUUCGUCAGCCAUCUAUAACUGCACAGUCUUCGAGAAUGCCACAACAUCAAUCACAUGCAAUUUAGAUGUUAAUGCCACCGACGAGGACGAUGGGGAAAAUGGAAUAAUAUCGUAUUCAAUACAGGGUCCCAUGAAGUCUGUUUUCAAAAUUGAAAAUUCAACCGGCGUUAUUAGCCCCAGGUCGCUUUUGGAUUAUGAUACAGGUGUACGAACUUACAUAUUGAAGAUAUUGGCUACAGAUAAUGGCAGUCCCAGAAAGAACGGAUCUGCCGUGGUAGAAGUUUCUAUAAAUGACAAGAACGACAACCCGCCUGUUAUUCAUGGCCCAAGUCACUUCAGCAUUGAGGAGAAUCUAUCCGCCAACACGUUGAUUGGGAACGUAUUCGCCACUGACGUUGAUAUUAGCAGUGUUUUAGUCUUUUCAUUGUCAAAUAAUACAAAUUUCCAUAUUCAAAACGACACCGGGGCACUAUUCACAAAAAGGAAGUUUGAUUACGAAAAGAAAAUCGAUCGGAUGAUGGAGGUGAUUGUUACUGUUUCUGAUGGUUUACAAAGUGAUGAAUUAACCAUUUCUGUAGCUAUAACGAAUGUCAACGACGAGAUUCCUGUCUUCGAUCGUUCUUCCUUAAAUCCGACAAUAUCACAGGACAUGGAUAGCCCUUCGUUUUAUAUUCAGGCGACGGAUGCUGAUAUUGACUCUACGCUGUCUUACAACAUCUCCUCAAAUUUCCCACAUAUUAACAUAACAAGAUCAAGUGGCUUAGUAACGAUCGGAGGGUCAAUCAGUUCAUUGGACAAGGAUAUCGCUUUCAAUGUCAGUGUGUCGGAUGGAAAACAUAUAGUCAGUGCCACUGCCACUGUACAAGUUAUUUUUGUUAAUGACAAUGUCCCAAGGUUCGAAAAUUCCACUUAUACGUUUGAUGUCGAUGAAGAAGAGGAAGAUAUCAUAGUAGGCCAAGUGAAGGCAUAUGAUGAAGAUGAAGGUGAGAACAGAAAUGUCCAGUACAUUGUACAAACUAACGCCACCUCACUUGAGAUAAUACACGGAACACUGAUAUCUACGGCCCCGUUGACAUACGGGGUGUAUGAGGCGAAAAUCAUUGCCUUCAACACUGUUCCAUAUAUACCACCAGAACUGGAAAACGGCACAAUGACGGUCUUUAUAUACGUCAAGGAUAUCAAUGAUCAAAGCCCAAUGUUUAACCAGACAUCCUACGAAUUUUCAUUAGCAGAAGAUUUCCAGGUCGGACAUUUAGUGAAUAAAAGCCACAUAUAUGCACAAGAUCUAGAUAAGUCUCAGGAGUAUAACACCGUCACCUACUCUAUGGCGGGUCGAAAUGACUACUUUGAAAUUGAUCCAGAAAGUGCUGCACUACGACUUAUAAAACCACUUGACUAUGAGAAGGAAAAGCGUGUAAAUUUUCAGGUGAUAGCGAGUGAUGGAGACAUUGCACACCAAGUCAGCGUCAACGUUAGUGUUAAAGUCCUAGAUGUCAACGACCACGCCCCUGUGUUUUCGUCAGCCAUCUAUAACUGCACAGUCUUCGAGAAUGCCACAACAUCAAUCACAUGCAAUUUAGAUGUUAAUGCCACCGACGAGGACGAUGGGAAAAAUGGAAUAAUAUCGUAUUCAAUACAGGGUCCCAUGAAGUCUGUUUUCAAAAUUGAAAAUUCAACCGGCGUUAUUAGCCCCAGGUCGCUUCUGGAUUAUGAUACAGGUGUACGAACUUACAUAUUGAAGAUAUUGGCUACAGAUAAUGGCAGUCCCAGAAAGAACGGAUCUGCCGUGGUAGAAGUUUUUUUAAAGGACAUAAACGACAAUCCGCCUGUUAUUCAUGGCCCAAGUCACUUCAGCAUUGAGGAGAAUCUACCCGCCAACACGUCGAUUGGAGCCGUAUUCGCCACUGACGUUGAUAUCAGCAGUGUUUUAGUAUUUUCUUUGGAUGAUAAUACAAAUUUCCUAAUCCAAAAUAACACCGGAAUACUGUUAUCUACGAGGAAAUUCGAUUACGAAAAUAACAGCAAUCGACUGAUACACGUGCAUGUUACCGUAACUGAUGGUGAAUAUAAUGCUACGUGGCCAAUUUCUGUUGCUGUAACAAAUGUCAACGACGAAGUCCCUGUCUUCAUCAAUUCUUCCUUAAAUCCGACGAUAUCGGAGGACAUGGAAAACCCAUCAUUCUAUAUCCAAGCAACUGAUGGCGACAUGGACUCGAUUUUAUUUUACAACAUUUCUUCUGAUUCACAGAUCAGUAUCAUCAACGCAAGUGGAUUAGUAAGGAUUAAAGGACAUGUCAAUUCAAGUGCAACAACAACAUUCGAAUUUGAUGUCAGUGUAAGCGAUGGGGUACAUAUGGAGACUGGUACAGUGACCGUGCAUGUGACUGAUGUUGACAACAAUCUUCCAAGGUUUGAGAAUUCCACUUAUACGUUUAAUGUCGUCGAAGAACAGAACAACAUUUUCGUUGGAAAUGUAAAAGCCACAGAUGAAGACAUUGAUCCUAUAAACAAGCAACUGUUUUACAUGGUGCCGACUUUGUGGUCGUCCAACGUCACUAUUAAUUCAACGAGUGGUGAUAUCUAUACGGUGGGAGUACUGGACAGAGAAAGUCCUUCUGUGAGAGAUGAUCAGGUAGAACUGAUCGUUAUGGCUGUGGACACAGGAUCACCGCAACUUACUGGUACCACGCUCGUUAUUGUCAGCAUCAACGAUGUGAAUGACCACCAACCCACAUUUGUACAAUCGUCUGUUUCCUAUACCAUCGCAGAGGGACAAUGUCCAUCACCACUUCACAAUCUCACGGUUGUCGAUAAAGAUGAAGGAAAAAACAAGCAAACCUGGUUCAAAAUAAUCGAAGGAACUGGUAUAUUCAAUAUAAAGAAUAAUUACUCUCUGGAAUGUCAGGGCGACCUAGACGUGGGAAUGUACAACAUAACCAUAGAGGCUGUUAAUGUGGAAAAGUAUGAGGGGAUUUCAACCGACAACAACAUCCAGACCAUCAGUGUCCAUGUCCAGGAUGUAAACGACCACAAUCCAGUGUUUGAAAGCACCUUAUAUACACUAGAUUUGCUGGAAAACCAUACUCUAGGAGAGCUUUACUUUACACCCGGAAUUAACGCCACGGAUGCAGACACUAGUGCUGAAUUCAACACGGUAACUUACACAAUAGUGCAGGGAAACGGCAGCUCAUACUUCGCCAUUAAUCACAACACUGGCCGCCUGUGGCUUAAAUCACCUUUAGACUAUGAAAGGGAAAAGAUUUUAUCUCUAACAAUAUCUGCUAGCGAUGGUCACCUGAACAUAAAUGAUAACAAACAACACAAUGCCAUCGCAGACGUGAAUAUUCAUAUACAGAACAUCAACGACAACACGCCUAUUUUUACAUCAGGAAUAACGAUGUGCUCAGUACUAGAGAACGUGACAGGAGAGUUCGGUUGUAAAGUGAAGGCUAGUGAUGCUGAUGCUGGUGAUAUACUGACAUACACAUUAGCUAACACGUCUCGGAUAUUUGAAGUGGACUCCGAAAAUGGAGAUAUACUGGUUAAAAAUUCGACACUCCUGGACUAUGAUCGUGGAGUGCGACAUUUUGAUAUCGUUGUGAUGGCUUUGGAUAAAGGUUCGCCUCAGCUGACGGGAUCUACUAUCGUGUCAGUAGAGAUUCAGAAUGCCAACGAUGAAUAUCCUAUCUUCUCGAACCAGACGUACAUGUUUGAGAUACCGGAGGAAGAGCAGAAGCAAUAUUUUGUGGGACAUGUUUCGGCUACAGACUUGGAUGACGAUAUCUAUGGCAGACUAACAUUUUCUCUGUCGGAGUCCAAAUUGAUACAGAUCGAUAAGACAACUGGUGAUAUAUUCACCUCUGUUAUACUUGAUUAUGAAAACCCGGAACAACGUGUUCUAACUGAUGCAGUGACAGCUUCGGACGGUACGAACAGUGUAACAGCUACUGUCACCGUCAGUGUAUUGAACGUGAACGACAAUACUCCUCUAUUCAAUAGCUCUACCUACAGAAAAAGCAUCAGAGAGAACACGGCGACUGGUCAGCCUCUUAUUCAGGUACGAGCCUUCGAUGAGGAUAGCAUGUCAAGUCUGGGGUAUAGCAUAGAGGGCGGCAAUGAUAAGUGUGGAACUUUCGGGAUUAACACCACGUCUGGGGAGAUUUCCGUCCUCAAUAAAACAUGCUUGGACUACGAGCGACAGAAGGAAUACAUAUUGGUGAUAGAGGUGACCGACGGUGGAUCACCUGCACGAUCCAGUCAAGCUAUAGUUGAGGUUAAUGUGACGGAUGAAGACGACGUAGCUCCUUCAUUUAUAACAGAAACAUCGUUCGGAGUUGUUAAGGAAAACGAGCCAGCCGGAACCUCUAUACUGAAGAUUUUUGUGUUUGAUCCCGAUACUUCUUUUGAAAACGUGACAUUAUCAGUAAACAACUCAAGGUUUGGUUUUGAUAACUGGACAUUGCAAACCAAUUCCCAACUUAAUGCAGAAGAUAUUGAAUCAUAUUUCUUGAAAAUAUCUGUUUCUGACGGAGUUAUUGGACAUAUGCGAUCACAGCUACUCAUUGUCAAUGUGACGGACGUCAAUGACAACACCCCAGCGUUUAACAGUACGUCUUAUAAUGCAGUUAUUCCACAAAACGCCAGAGACGGGAGUUACGUGUUGACGGUAUGGGCCAAGGACAACGAUAUAUCAAACUUGGGCUUCACAUUCUUUCUGUCAGAAGCCGAGGGUGAUUUUGUUAUAAACAGCCGAACUGGUGUUGUGACGGUAGCCAAUGCACAUGCACAUUUUUGCGUAAACUGCAAUUACACUAUGAAUGUACAUGUAGUAGAUUACGGAGAACCCCCGAAAUCUAACUCCACGCAGAUAGAUAUUAGAAUUGAUACGUCAAAUCACUAUGCGCCAGUAUUUAAAGAUACACAAUACACAGUGAAUGUAAGUGAACACAAACUCUAUACCGACAGUAUUGUUAAUGUAUCUGCGACAGAUGCCGACUGUGGAGGAACGGACAAAUGUGGACCUGCUGGUACCGUACACUACACAAUUCUAUCUGGAAAUCAUGGACAAUUUAUCAUUAAUAAAACAACUGGUUUCAUUUACAUCAAUGGAUCAUUAGACUUUAAAGAUUCACCGGAUUAUGAUUUAGUUGUGGAAGCUAGAGACCAAGCUGACGAUUUUAAAACAGACACAACCGUUGUCCGUGUUUAUGUUUUCGAUGUGAACGAAAGACCACAUUUCGUUAAAAAUGUUACUAGUGUGUGUAGUGUAGAAAAUGUCAAAGCAGGUGAUUUAGUGGGCAUAGUAACGGCAAGUGAUCCAGAUUAUUCUAGUCCGUUCCACAAGCUCACUUACACUCUUUUGAAUCAAAACGACACUUUCCAUGUGAACGCAACGACAGGGAAAAUAUACGCAUCUCGAAAUGUGACAGCAAGUUCCAUUCAGACUGUGGUACUGCAGUUUGUUGUUACUGAUCGCGGUGGCUUAAACGAUAGUACAACUCUUCGUUUAUCCACUGGAACAAAAGGGAAGCCAGUGUUUGAUAAAAAUUCUACUUAUAUUCACGUUAAAAUACCAGAAAAUACACCUGUUCCAGUAUAUAUAGCAGAUGUCAAUACAACGACAGAAAAUACAGGGGACAUAUCGUACCAACUGACCAGCCAAGGUCCCCAUACCAAGGGUUUUCGGAUUGGAAAUUCAACAGUACGUAUAUACUCAUGUGGUAUACAAAGUGAAAAGAUAUAA